CUCGGCGACGAAGUCCUAUCCCCCCAGUUCGUGAAAGAACUAGAACACUACUACGACAAGGCUGGCGUCCAGGACAAGGCUAAGUGUCUGGAGCUGAUUACGUCAGUCCGGCUAGGUCAGGAACUUCGUCAGCAAGUCAAGGCCUCGACCCGACCAAAGACAGCCAUGCCGGCCCUACGCUACAGCCAGACGUCAACCCUCAGUCCCUACCAGACGACAUACACACGGGAGUACCCAGCCAAAGUAGAGGAGGAACUGACGGCUAUAAGGGUUUCAGGUCCGAUCCGCCUUCAACCUACCCCCCGAUUGGAAAGACAACGUACCCUACGACAUGGAUUCCAACCAGCGCCAGUCGUAUCAAACGCCAUUCCAGCAGUCAGAGCUGGUCGUCCCCACCACACGAUACGGCAGUAACGGCAAGAAACCCAUACCGUCCGUGGCAGUCAUCCCCACAGCCAACAAACGACUGAUCGGCGUGAAUGGACGUACGACCUACGACCGCCACUACAAUGACAACGCCGGCCCUGUGGUGGACCAGAUCCGUGACGUAGGCCGUAAGUUGGGGGCCGAGGCUCUCAGCAAGUACUACCAGCAGAGUGUGGGUCAAGACAGGGAUCUGAUCGGCAGACUUUUGGACGAAUACGGUGGAGCCCCCUCCGCAAUGGCUCCGCCUCCCGCCCCGCCUUCUUACGAGAGACCUUUCUGCCCCAGCCCGCACUCGCAUAGCCGGAGUGGCUCUGUCGCCAACAAGACUCCGCCCCUGUCACACAGCCGGAGUGGCUCUGCUGCCAACAAGUCCCCGCCCGUCACGCAGCGGUCCAAUCAGAGGGCGCCAAGCGGGCUCGGCGGGCGGCCGCAGUCUGUGACGAAAGCCACGCCCCCUCCGUCGGCGUCCAUUCGCUCGAAGGCGUCAAGCCCCGCCUACAAGCCCCGCCCUGCACUUCCAGCUGCCACAGCCAUCAUGCUGCCCCCCAACUCCCCAUGUCACGUGCAGAUGCCGACCACGCCACUUUCUGUACCUUACACCCCGCCCAUUUUCUUAUCGUAGAUUCUCCGCCCAUUUUAGAAUAACAGCAGUAUCUUUGUGCUUGUUUUUUAUAAACUUAUGUAGUGCAGAAGACAACGUUUUGCUAUUUCUUUUUUUUCUGUUUUACUUGUUCAAUUUCUUACUGUUGAUUAAGUAUCUUUUGACCUUAACUGCACUUUAUCAAAUAACAUAUAUUGUACUUUUUUGUCUUUGCUAGUUUCUUUUUAAUGGGAAAAGCCUGCCUUCGUUAGAAUAACAGUUUUGGAACCAUUGUUUGUAAUGUCCAAAUCUUACUCGCCAUAAAAUAGCAAAUACGUCUACCCUACAAUGUUUCUUUUACUGCUGUUGAUGUUGUGAUCCAAGGUAUAUUAAGAAAUUGUAAAAG